AUUUAAUUUCACGGGCUUUUGGCCUUACUAAAACAUGGGGACUUGAACGGAGUUUUGUUGCUCACCUUGGUGGAUCUGCGAGUUUUUUUAAUAAACCACCGGAGUGAGAAAUAAGAAGAGAGAAGACGACGGCGACGAAGAUGAGUUCAUCGACGGCUGUUCGAGAUUUGCAGAAAGACCUAGAAAACAAAGCCAAUGAUCUCGGCAAAAUUCAGAAAGAUAUCGGUAAGAAUCACCAGCUGAGGAAGAAGUAUACGAUCCAACUCGGUGAGAAUGAGCUCGUGCUUAAGGAGUUGGAUUUGUUGGAAGAAGAUGCAAACGUUUACAAAUUGAUUGGUCCGGUGCUAGUGAAACAGGAUUUGGCUGAAGCAAAUGCAAAUGUUCGUAAACGAAUUGAGUACAUCUCUGCUGAAUUGAAACGGCUUGAUGCAAUUCUUCAAGAUAUGGAAGAAAAACAAAACAACAAGAGAGAAACGAUAAUGAAGUUGCAACAAAGGCUACAAUCUAUCCAGGCAGGAAAAGCAAAGGCUUGAUUGAGCUAGUCAGUUGCAACCACUUUUGUUGAACCCCUUUCCCUUGUGCUCGGCCUUAUCUCAAUGGUGUCAUAUUCAGUUACUGAGGGUUCUUGUGGUUUCAGUUUUGUGGUUAUUGAUGUCUCUUUGUGUCUCUAAUCUUUUUUGUUGACUACUAAACUUGAGUGUGUAACUUAUACAUGAUCUUGUCGCCUUUUCUCAAGUUAUGAAUUUGGAGAUUUACAAAAAUAUAUUCUGUGUAUGUGUAUGCAUCUAAUUUGGUCUUUAUACA